AUGUAAUAAUAGAAUGAUGACCAGAUUCCGUUGAACAUACCAUAAGAACAAUACAAAUUGCCAGAAUAACUCGAUGAAUUUGGUUAGCCAGUAAUGUUCAAGUGCAGCACUUGUGGAGUUUAAGCUGUUUCUAUAUUGCAACAUAAACCGGGAACUCAUACAUGGUUAUGCUGUUUCACACUUUGCAUUUUUGGAGCAUUUUUAGCAUUCCUGCCAUUUUAUGUGAAAGAUUGCCAGGAUGUUACACAUGUAUGUCCUGCCUGUAGUCAACCAAAAGGAGUUAAACAAUUUAAAGCGUGUUGAUGAAAUAAGACAUAUUAUUAUCCAAAUCAUUUAUAUUAAAUUAUAAAA